GGGAUGCUGACGGGACAUGUCAAGAGAAGAGGCGAGUGGAACCUAACUGCACCUGGACUUUACUUUGAAAACAAGACACGAAUCAAUCUAAAGCCAUUUACAAGAAGACUUCGGCGCUCGAGACUAGGAAAAGGAAACUCUUUUUUCCGUUGUUAUAAAUCCAAUAACUUUGCGAAGCGUAUUUUGGAAGAUAUAGGUGGAUCUUCAUAUAAUGAUUCCAGAGGGAAGAAGAUUGACUUUUCUCACCGUGGUUUUGAUCGUUGCGCUGUCAUGUGAAGCAAGAGGUCCUCCAUGGGUGAGUCAUCAUGUGGAGGAGAGACAGAUGGUGAUACUGGGUGACACAGUGCGACUGCCGUGCCCGGUGCAGGGGGACCCUCCUCCACUAGUGUUGUGGGUGAAGGAUGGGCAUAAUGUGAACCCAGGAUGGACCCGCUACAAAGUUCUAAAGCAGAGCCUAAAGAUCAAAGAAGUGGAACUGGAAGAUGCCGGUGUGUACAUCUGUCGUGUCACAAAUGGAUUUGGCAGCCUCGCCCUCAACUUCACACUCAGUGUAAUUGCCAUGACACAGAACCAGUCUCCCCCUGCCGCAGCAGAACCAAACCCAGAGCUCAUCCUGCAGGACCCGACUGGACAGCAAUGGGAGAAGCCAUGCUUCAGCCAGCCUACAAAGAUGCGCAGGCGAGUGCUAGAGCAGCCAGUUGGCAGCACAGUGCGACUAAAAUGUUUGGCCACUGGCAAUCCAACUCCGAUCAUUACAUGGUGGAAAGACCAGACCCAGCUGCCAGGCCUGCUCCACAGUAAACGGCCGCAGUGGACUCUGACUCUGAAGAACUUGCAGCCUCAGGACAGCGCCAAGUACACAUGUCAUGUCUCCAAUGUAGCCGGGUACAUCAAUGCCACAUAUAAGGUGGAUGUAAUUGAGCGCACCAACUCAAAACCCAUUCUCACUGGCAGUCACCCCGUCAACACAACUGUAGAGUUUGGUGGAACAGCCUCUUUCCAGUGUAAAGUUCACAGUGAUGUGAAGCCAGUUAUCCAGUGGCUGAAGCGAGUUGAUCCUGGCACAGAGGGGCGCUAUAACUCCACACUGGAGGUAGGAGGGCAGCAUUUUGUAGUGCUUCCCACUGGAGAUGUCUGGUCUAGACCUGAUGGUUCCUACCUCAACAAGCUGGCCAUUGUCAAAGCUCGAGAUGAGGAUGCUGGAAUGUAUAUCUGUCUAGGGGCUAAUACCAUGGGCUAUAGCUUCCGCAGUGCCUACCUGUCUGUACUCUCAGAUCCCAAGGUGGAAAAGCCUGUUAUUCCUCGCCACAUUAGCCCUGGCCUUCCCUGGCCAUUGAUCAUUGGCAUCCCAGCUGCAGCCCUCCUCAUCGUAGGAGCAAUCGUGCUCUGGUUGUGUCACAGCCGUAGGCGUCAGAGCGCUUUGCCUCCCAGAUCGAUGACCUAUCGAGACCACCACAUUCAAGGCAAAAAACUCAGCAUGCCUAACAGCCUCAGCCCUGACCUACCCAACCAGAGACUAAUGGGAAUGGGGCCCCCAUCUCUCAAUGGUCCACCAAAGAUUUAUACCAAGGUCUACACGGACCUGCACACUCACACCCACACACACUCCCAUGCCCACAUGGAGGGUAAAGUGCACCAGCAUUUCCAUUACCAGUGUUAACCAGUUACCAAUGGCUUCAUCAGUUGACCAGUGCUGCUGCUUAUGUUCUCUUGAGCUAAGGGCCACCGCUUGAGGACCACAAUUGUACUGUAGAACUACAAAAGACAGGAAGCAAAGUGGAAUGACCCAUGAGUAUUGCUAAAAAGAAGCUUUUCAAUAGCACAAUGUGGAUCAGUGAAACACACACCAUGUGUGUUGAAAUCUCUCAGGUCAGGGAAAAUGUUUCGCAUUGAGUAUAGCUGCAGUGGACCUAAAUUUUCUUCAAGGUUCUUUCGAUUUUAAAAACGUGAUUGUUAAAUGAGUGAAUCAAAGCAACCAAACUAAAACUCUGAGAAAAAUAAUGGGACCCUCUGAUUUUGAAAAGCCUAGCAUUACACAGGAAGUGCAGUGGAAAUAUUUUAUAUUUGGACAAACUGUGAUGGUAUCUGUUGAGAGAAAGCUAGUGGCACUAGCAAGUCUGUUUACAAAGUGUUUUUAAUUUUUCUCUCAGUAAAUUAGUGAGAUGUGUUUUUUUCUUGUUUGUUUGCUUUAUGUUUUGCAACAUUAUAUUGUGAAGAAAUUAUGCAAGGAGAUGAUGUACUAAUGUCAGGGAGACUGUAUGGAUGACUAUGUAUGGAUAAAUGGAAAGGGGGUAAGGGCAUCUGUUUUAUUAGCAUUCAAAGGUACUUUUGUGUAUGUAUUCAAGCUCAACGUUCUGAUAAUUGCAGUAUUAUUUUAUUGUACCUUGUCUAUGUCAAUGCAAUCACAUUGUUUGCUAAUUGAAAAAUGAGCAAAUGUAUUUUUUAUUUCAAACACAUUGUAUAGGAUUACUCAUCAUUGCAACUUAUAGAUGGACCUGUAACCAUUACUGUUUGAUGAUAAUAAAUUUUCCAUCUCCCAAAAACUCUACUCAGAACCAUGCUGUCUGCAGAAUACAAAUCUCUUCAGUCUAUAAAUGUUAUAAUAUGUCAAUGUUUUUCUAAGAUACUGCAUGCUGCAAUUUUACUUUGG